AGGAAGGGUCAGGCAGGGAGAACUGCUGGUGUGACAGCAGCUCCAGGCUCUACAGGACCAUGUUUACCUUCUGCCUGCCUGGGUGGAGAUCCAGCGUUCCCUGCAAGCCCUGGCGGCUGAGUUGCUUCCUGCCUCACCCCCAGGAGCAGUGCCAACCGCCGGGUCCUAAUGCAAUCCACACGGCCUGGGGACAAGGACAACAGGUCGGUGUGCAGGAGAAACAGGUACUGCAAGAUCAGGAGAUGCCUCUUGCAAGGAGAGAAAUGGAGACCCUCUUCCAUGAGGAGCCUGAGACUGGGAACCAGUAUUUGGAGGACGCUUUGCUUCGGAGUUACCUGAAGGCACACCUGCCCCCCAAGGUACUGGAGGAGGUGAAUCAGGACCUGGAGAGGUUUGGGAACCGUCUGCUCACCCAGAUCAAGCCUCUGGGUUGGGAAUGUGAGCUGAACCCCCCUGUGUUUCGUCAGUAUGAUGCCUGGGGGCAGCGGGUGGAUCGGAUCUUCAACUGCUCAGCCUGGAGGAGGAUCAAAGAGAUUGCAGCGGAGGAGGGGCUCAUUGCUGAGGCCUAUGAGAGAAGAUUCUCCAGCUGGAGCCGCCUGCAUCAGGCUGUCAAACUCUACUUAUUUUCAAGCUUCUCUGGAGGUUUCAACUGUCCACUGGCCAUGACUGAUGGAGCAGCCAAAGUCAUUGAGUCACUAGGUAUGCCUGGAUGUCUGAAAAAUGCUUUUGACCAUCUGACAACUCGUGACCCCAAGCAGUUCUGGACCUCUGGGCAGUGGAUGACCGAGCGCAGGGGAGGCUCUGAUGUCGCCAGUGGCACAGAGACAGUGGCCAGGAAGCAGCCAGAUGGCACCUAUCUUCUGCAUGGUUUUAAGUGGUUUACUUCUGCUGCUGAUUCUGACAUGGCAUUAACCCUGGCCAGGAUAGCAGAUGCUGAAGGACAAAUAAAACAGGGUUCCAGUGGCCUGUCCCUGUUCUUCCUGAGGGUCCAAGAUGAGGCAGGGAAGCUGAACAACAUCCAGGUGCAGAGGCUGAAGGACAAGCUGGGCACACGGCAGAUGGCAACGGCAGAGCUGUGGCUGCACGGAGCCAAAGCAGAGCUGAUCUCCGUGGAGGGUCGUGGAGUCUCCUCCAUCUCCAACAUGAUGAACAUAAGUCGGAUUCACAAUGUCAUUGCUGCAGUAGCUUCCAUGAGAAGGAUGAUCACUCUGAGCAGGUAGUACGCUCAUAGGCGGGUGGCUUUUGGAAAGCUCCUCAAAGACCAUCCCCUCCACAUGCAAACAAUAGCCAGGAUGGAGGUGCAGGCACGAGGAGCCUUUCUGCUGCUGAUGGAGAUCGUUCAGCUGCUCGGGCUUGCAGAAACCAACAUGGCAAGUGAGCAGGACCAGCUGCUCCUGAGGCUGCUGGUCCCAGUGGCCAAGCUCUACACUGGGGAGCAGGCUUCUGCUGUUGCUGUUGAGGAAAUGGAGAGUUUUGGAGGACAAGGCUACAUGGAGGAUACAGGCCUGCCAGUCCUAGUCUGUGAUACCCUGGUUCCUCCAUUCCCUUCCACCCCACCGGUGCUGUCGAUAUGGGAGGGAACCACGAAUGUCCUGUCCCUCAAUGUCCUGCGCUCCCUCAGCAAGAGCCAAGGGCAGGUGCUGGCUGCCUUCCUCUCCACACUGCAGAAAAAAAUGGAGGGGGCUUCGAGCACCCCAGAGCUGGAAGCUGCCGUGAAGCAAACACGAGAUGCCGUCAGCAGCCUCACGCAGUUCAUACCAGCAGCUGCUUCCAGGGGGGCACUGACCAUGGAGCUGGCAGCAAGAGACUUCUCCUACAGCCUAGCAAGGAUCUAUGCAGGAGCUCUCUUGAUUGAACAUGCAGCUCGGCCUGACGCUUCCUCUGCAGACAUCUCUGCUGCUCAAAGGUGGUGCAACCAGGAGUUGUGUCCUGUGGCCACAGGGCUGCAGAGCAGCAGCUACGAGGCCAAGGAAGCACUGCUGGACAGUGCGCUGGUGUACGAGGGCAGCCCUGCCCCUGGCAGCAGGCUCUGACUCCAGGGCAACAGAAGGUAGGUGAUGAGCCAAAAGCCCUCCCAAGCCUCAAAGCACAGGCACAGUGGGGACACUCCACCAAAGGCCAGGACAGAUCCUUCAGGGGUCAUCCCCAGCUGCAGCACCUGUUGCGGUCUGACACCCACCCCGUGGGUUGCUGCCACAGCCACUGAGAUCCAGUCUGAGAUGCUGAAAUGUUCUUGCUGUGUUUUAGGCCAAGACUCAGAGAUGAAAUCUAGAGUGUGACUUGAAGCAGCAGCUCUUCCAGUCCCAGCUGCUGCUUCUUAAAGCAACCAGAAGUUAUCUGAAAAUGAUGCAAAGCUGAUUAAA